GAGGCAAAGCUUUCAUCAAUACCUGGCCUGGAAGACGUCACACUAGAGCCAACGAGCCAGAGUCAGACCGUUUCAAAUGGCCCAUCUUCUAACCAGCUCCAGCCAUCCCCAACAGAGGUCCAACAAAAUGCUGAAUCAUCAGCUCAAGUCAAAGCAGAUUCACCAACAGAAAAUGCUAUUACUGUAGCCAAAGACCCUCGAUAUGCAAGAUACCUGAAGAUGGUGCAAGUGGGGGUUCCUGUUAUGGCUAUAAGGAACAAGAUGAUUUCUGAAGGACUCAACCCAGAUCUAUUGGAGACCCCAAAUGCCUUGGUCCCGGAUGGAGUUAAGGAGGAUGAAGGGGACAGUUCUGGCAGUGAGUCAUCAUUCAGUGACUGAAGGCAGACUUGGGAUGUUUUGGUUCUGAAAACGGAGCAUGUGGAGCGCUGAGUUUGACACAGGUUAUUUUCUUGACGGAGAAGGGUGGAAAAGGGUUGAGCUUGUGUUAUUUGUGCCACUUACUUUGCUGUGUUUGAAAAUUCGGCAUGCUCUUAUUGAUUACAACUGUGUCACUGGCACAGAUCUGUCUACUUUUUAAAGCUGUAAGAGUCAUGACCAGUGUAAAUCAAGUCACAGUCUGAUUAUUACACUCUGACUUGUAUGUUAAGUUAUAAUCUUUCUACUGUAAUUCUGAAGCUCUGUUGGUCUGCUCACCUGCACAGGAGCAAUGUUAUUUCUAUUUUCCCCAGCACUGUAUUUGUUCAUGAGUAAACGUAUGCAAAACCUCAUCUGUAUUAACAUCUUUAAAGGAAUCUCAUUGUUACCCUGAGAAAGACUCAGGCUAAACUUAUUAAUGUCAGCUUUAUUAUUAAAAGCAGCAAAAGGAGAUUUAAAAUACUCUUCUAGACUCUACUCCAGUGGAGCAGCCCAAUUCUACUGGGCUGCCCAUUAACUGUCAAGUUAGACCUUUCCUGUCUUUCUGGUAUAGAGUUGGAAUUCUUUUAAAUUCACUUUAUUUUCUUAGUGAAUCUCCUUUUCACAUCCAAGUUAGCUCUACUAUGUUUCCUUGUUACCAACAAUAUUAUCAUUACCAUUUGCUUUCCGACAAUUUUCCCCAUUACCAUUUAGGAGAUUCACCACCUUAUCUAAAAUACUAAAACUUGGCACCAGGUUCUUGUCAAACAAAAUAUUAACCAUUAAGAAGCUGAUAAAUCAAGAUUUAUUCCAGAUAAAUGCAAUCCUUCCCUCAAUAUUUUAAUUGUUCUUAAGCUCUGAAGUGAAAAAUGAAAACAUCGCCCAUGUUUUGAUCAAAUCUCGCAUUUUCUAACAACUUGGGUGCCCGUUGAAGGAUGUGUUUACUCCCCUGCUGCAAGUUGUUUCCGUGUGAGUAUCCAGCAAAAUGUGAGCCUGGCCUCCAUCCUGCUCCAUGACAAAUGCUGGAUAAGAACUAGUUCCUUCCACAUGGAUAGCAGGAGUUUGGACCAGACGGGUCAGAUGUUCCACUUUCUACAUCACUCCCCUAAGGAUGCACUGCAUUCCAUGUUUUCAAAGUGACAUUUUCAUGCCCAGGCUAAUGCCAUACCUCAAAACUGAUGCAAUUCGGAAUGUUGUCUCGUUAGCUUUUCUGAUGGAGGAGAUUCUGAGCUAGAAUGCCUAACUAAAUUGAGUUAUUUUUUAACUUAAAGCUGUAACUCAAUAUUGCUUCACAGGUAAGCUUUUGCUUUAAAAAGAGAUGCUCUUGAAUUUUUAACUAUUGCACAGCUACAAUUUAAAAUCUUUUAAGUCUUCUGUUCUUUAGAUGUGACGGCCACCAGCAUUUAUCACCCAGCUACGUUACACUAUCCAGGACUGUAGCUUUUCCUGGGGAUCUUUUUGUCUGACUGACCUACAAAAUUCUUCAAGAAAAGUUGUAACUUUCAUAUGGGAAAUCAAGACCAAUUUCAUCCAUGCAAUACAAGCUGGCCUUAAAUUCCAUAUGUAGAUGUCACGGUGAUUAGAAACUCUUAACUGUAUAUUUUACAAGGUAAAUCCACCAAUGUUGAGCACUCAGCUGCCAGUUGUUUCAAAAGGAGCAGUCCUUCUUAAAAUUCAGCGGAUCUUAGUGAUGUUAUAGCAAGCAGUUUCGUUGGGAUAUUUGAGACUUUCCAGAGUAAGUCAAAGUAUUUCAUCCCUGUACCCCUGAGCCAAGAUACCCCGCAAUCCCUCUCUAAAUAUUAGAUGGGGACACAUUCAGUGUAUCACUGUUUACCCAGGUCCCAGUCUUUACUCAGGGGAAUCGAACAAUGAGCACCCAGAAGAAAAUGGAGUGAGAUAACUUUAUUGUAAUCCAUUUUCCAACUAGUGACCCCUUCAAGCCAAGCUCACCAGUGGGAGUGUGGAUUUACGCUCUUCUCUCUGUAAUUCUGCUAUAAUCUCAUGAAAUAUGUAAAAGUAAGAAUGCUACUUCAUUUCACCAGCUCAAAGUCCUGGUUUUUUGCAAACUAUUGAAGUGCUUUUAUAGUUUGUACUAUUCCAUUAGAGUCCCGUUAUCUUUGUACUGCAGUACCAGUCUCUGCUACGUGAUUCACAGAUGAAUGUACUGGAUAAAUGUUCCUCUGAGUAUCACCUGGAAGGGUUUUGAAAAAAGUUGGUGAUAAUGAUGCACCAAGCUGGUGAAAAGACUGUAUUCAGAAUUAACCCAAGAUCAGGUAGAAAUAUUGAAACAAGUUCCGUGUGUUGCAGUUUACUUGCAUCACAUAGAUCAACACCAUAUGAUUUUAAAAGCAAAAUAGCUUGAUUAAAAAGUGACACAGGAGCAUUCACUAUACUUUGUUCUUUUUUUUUUGAAGCAAAGAUCUUGUGGGAAUGUUGGUGCACUAAAUGAUUAGGUCCCGUGGUAGAAAUUACUCCAAGAAAAUGCUUGUGAUGCACUACUUCAAAGAGUACAUUGGCAGUAAAGCAUUGUAAUUCAACCAGGGAUUAUGAAAGGCACUAGAUAAAUGGAAUGCUUUCUUUCCUUUUUAUCCAGCAAUGCCAUUCAGUCUUACUAGCCGCUGAGCUUUGGUAAUCAACUCUAAGCCCCACUUCACUGCAUCAUUUUUAUAUAUAAGUAUUCUUUCUUCAUUUGAAUGUUGGAUGCUAAUUGGCUCAGAAGGAUCCACUUCCCCAUAAUUGGAAGAAAUCUUCAUGACAUUAUAGUGAGCAGUUUUGCUGAGGUGUUUGGGAAUUUCCAGCAAGUCAAAAUAUUUCACCUCUGUGCCUGUGAGCACAAUAUCCUGCACUCCCUCUCUAGAUAUUACAUGGGAAAUUCAUUUUGAAUGUACCUGCAGGUAAACUAUAUUUCUCUCUUUACUUUGUAAGAUGCCUUACUUAAUAUGGCUUAACUAAUAAACUUUUUUUCUUACUGCAUGGAGCUGUAACUUCCAGAUCUUGAUAAUUUCAGUUUUAGUGUGUUACUGAAAAUAAAAUCUUGACAUGUUCUGUAUCCCAGGGCUGAAGGUAAAUGCCAGAAAGCUUUGGGCUGAAAAAGUUUGCCUUUUACGAUGCCAAAAUCCUUUAACCCAGCCCAACCCCCAACAGCUCUUGAGUCGUACUGCAUCGUUAUAAUGUGAUUUUUUUGAAAACCUGCUUUUCCCCUUUGCCAAAUCUUUUAUUAAUGUUAAUGAUUUAUAAUUAGUUAUAAAACAAAUUUUCACUAACAAAAGAAUAUGAUGUGCAUUGAUGGUUUGAAGAAUGGUCUUCCCUUUGUAGGGAAUACUGGGGAGCAGUUCGGGGGAAAGGGACGAGUUGAGGCAUAUGUUGUUUCUG